GAGCUGCCCAGUUCGGAGUUUAUUCAAAUCAGACGUGUCCCUCUCGUCAUCAGCAUCACCUCUCCUCUGUAACAUAAUAAUAAUAACAAUAAUAGUAAUAACAAUUAACUUUAAUUGUUGUUGUCAAACUCGUGUUCUUCGUAAUAACUUUUUCUCUCUUGGUGUUGUUCAUUGUUGUUGUUGUUGUUUUGUAUUUUAUUUCCACACCCAUUUGAUAACGCGUAAAAGUAGACCACCAAUAAUUUGCAAAAUGUAGACUGACACACAAAAACGACAGAAAUUAAUAGAGUGAUCAAAUUCCAAGAUUUCAACAAGUACAAACAAACCAAGCGUAUAAUAGUUAGCUGUUUUAUUAAACUUAUGUUUUGUGGGUUGGUAAAAAAACGAGUUCAAUCAUCAGUUCAACUUGUACUAGAUUUCAUAUCAGUGUUUGGUUUUAAAUAAAUUGUUGACUGGUGAAUAUUCAAAGCAAAUAAAGGGUGGGGGUGUGACCUGUGUGGACGCACUGGUCAUCGGCUGGUGGCUCGGUCGGUGCAUAAUAAGGAUUGAUUGGACGCAGUAUCGAAGAGUAUUAUUUUAUACUCUUCAUUUAUUGACCCAAUUUAAUUCAAUGUGAGAGGAAAGCAAAAACAUGUGAUUGUGCAAAGGACAAGUUAAUUUAAAGGGUGGUUGACCAAAUGCAGAUUCUGUCCCACCCACUCACACCUUGUAUUUCUUCAGUGUUCGGUGCAGGAGAGAGCCCCCCGCUCCUUCAUCGCGUCGAAAUUGCGCACCAACUCUUCAGCCCGGUCUACAACAUCCUCUUAGACGACAACGAGGACGACGAAGGGGACAUUGAUAUUGAUAAUUACAGCAACAUGGAAGGAGAUCAUCACGGUGGUGGGAUCAUGGAGUCACUCGAGUUUGAUGAAAACGGCAUCCCGACUGUGUUCUAUCUCAACGUCGACAACUUGGACAAUCAUGUGAAUGGUAUAAAUGGAGCCUCCAAUAACGGGAUGGAUGAUGUCGGUGAGGACGACGAAGAAAUAAUGGGACUUUCUGAUAAUCAUCACAACGUCCACCUCGUCACAUCGGACGAUGAGCCCUUCACCCAUCACUAUUCUCUCCAAGAGGAUGGCACGAUCCAAUACCACCAUCACAACCAGAGCAACAGCAAUGGGAUAGAUUUUUCACGGUUCUCAGACAAUAUGUUGGACGAUGAUGACCCCCCUUCCGACGAAACUGAACAAAAUUUUGAGUUUGAAGAGAUCACGACGAUGCCAAUGUCAGAUUCUCAUUCCGGUGACUUGUCCAGUUUCCAAUUUCGUCUGGAACCGUCCUCCUCCAACUCCACGUCGCUCACAUUUCCAUUCACCGUUGUCACGAGUUCGUCCUCAUCGCCCUCACAAAGCCUGAAUAUUAUCAACGCUGAUUAUAAUAAUAGUAAUGGUAGAAACAAUGGCACUCUCGUCUUCCGACAGCAGCAGCAGCAGCCGAGACUGCAAUUUCAAUCAACCAAUUCAAUUUCUGGAGCACAAAAGCGCAAACUUUCGGCUCAAGAUCCACUCCUCACAACGACUACGACGACAUUAUCGGAUUCUGAUCAAGCUGAUCCCCACAUCCCCACGAUUAGUAAAAGACCAAAACUUGUGAUUAAUUUGUACGAGCCUGAACUAGGUUAUGAAUUUGGCUGUCUGCUAAAAGAUGACGUAACCUCUGUACAAAUGUCACACAUGAUCCCGUACGAAGAAGACUACCUCCUCCGCGCUCUGGACAGGGAGGAAAUCCCCUUCAAAGUACUUCACCACUUGAGCCCCUUCCUGAAAUGGAAGAGAGGACAUUUACUCGCCCAGAUCCGAGAUUAUAGAAGAUUUUCUUCCGGCCUUCGACCACAAAUGGCUGCUCAACCUAUUCAAAAACGAAAUUCAAUUUCAUCCCGAAAUAAUAAUAAUAAUUCUCUCGCCACGGCCGGCGCGUCACGUCGAAGUGCGCCCGUCAUUACGGAACUGACCCUUCGUCCCACGACACAAUCAAUUCUCUCCGAUUUUGAGGACAUUGUUGGCACUUGCGUGAAAAAAUGGAGGAGGAACAAAUCCACGCAGAGCGGGUCGGAAGAUGAGGAGCAGCAGGAUGAUACGGACGACGAGUUGGAGGACUCUGAUUAUGACAUUGACCUCAUUGAUGGUGGUGGUGGAGAUCCUGAAGACGACUGCAAUCAUCUCAGCUAUGAGCAAAGAUUAGAGCUGGAGAAGGAACUGAUCAAUAAGACUUCUGGUCCAUUGUGCCUCGAUCCAAGUCCAAAAGUUAAUCUCAUUCAGAAUAGAAUCCAGUUUGAGAGACUGAAAUGGCGCUGUCCCUCGCUUUUACCCAAGCAACCGCAAAAGUUGAUGCUUCCGUCGUCAUUUGUUGAUGACACCGAAUCUUCGUCCCCAUUCUUGUCAUUCGUACAAAAUAUGAAAGAGAAGAGUCUCAGCAACAAUAACAACAUGAACGGGAUAAGCAACCGAAAGGAGGACACCCUCACCAAAUUGCUCCCGGCUUGUUCCUAUCACCUCCCAUUCAUGGAGUAUCCUCUCCUCCAACCGCCCACGAGUAUGGAGGAAAUUAAUAAACUGGCCCCGAAACCGGAACCCUGCAUAAUUCGACCACUACCCAUUGACAACUUUGUGAAACGGAUUGAAGAGUAUACGCUGGAAACGGAGCGUCGAAAAAGACCGCACACAACGAAACUCAGUAUAUUUCAGAGGAAUGGAAUGGACGCGUACUUUGGGGAGUUGGAGAUGGAGUCGAUUCAAGAGGGCUUACCAACCACUUCAAAACCAGGUGGUGGCCCAGUUAAUAAGGACAACUCGCUAUCCACUACGUCAACGAAAUGUCAAUUCGAACUCGGCUCAAGUCAGUCUGUUGCACUCUACGUGAAACAGUUUUCCGACAUUUUCACCGAGGAUGGAAGACGCCCUUGUAAAAUUACGUAUCAAAAAGUUGGUCAUCCAAACCCUCAAGUUUUGUACACCAACUCGUACAAUAAAACCACCACUGCCCCAGCAAAUGGUACGAAUACUACUCCAACGUCCACGACUAUGGCGGCAAGUUCGUUCAUAACCACUCCUACCUCCACAACAACGACUACUCCAGUCUUAGUUGCCACUCCGCAGCCACAACAGCCACCUGUUCAAAUUGUUCAUCCCCAGCCUCGCACGAUACCCCCACAACAGCAAUCUGCAAUGGAUGGGGGGGCUUCUCCUUCUUCCACAAUGAUUUCCUCGUCCGGACAACAACUCACACAACAAAUUUUGACCCGACCCCCACAACAACAACAACAGCCACAACUCGUGCAGAUUCAGGGGAAACCUCUUGGUCCGACAAAUGUCCCCACGGCGUCAGCCUCCCACCAACAACUCCUCCAACAAAGACUGCUCCGACUCAAACAACAACAGCAGCAACAAGCUCAAGUCCAAGCGCAACAACAGCAGCAGCAACAACAACCACAAACUGUAUUGGCAAAACUGCUCCUUACAAAUACGACGACCCCGAUGACGACCGUUCCUCCAACUCGACCCAUCACAGUGGCUGUGCAACCACAACCGCAGAAAGUUAUGGCGUCACCGACCACAUCCACAGCGACGGCGGCGGAUCAAGUCAAUGCCUUAAAUAAUCAACAAAGUCAUGUUAGCUUAAACCUGAAUACGAUGAUGUUGGAUGGACUAUUGGGACACCAGCAGAUUGGUCAGAAUCCGCAAAUUAUUCGCAGUGGGAGUGUGGGUCAUCACCAGGCCGUCAAUAUCUUGCGGGUCAAUCAAAAUAAUCAGGUCGUGGUGUCGUCGUCACCAACACAACUGGUCACCUCCUCCUCGCAAUCUCCUGGAAUUACAGGGAUUCAACGGCACCUUCCCCAGCAGCAGCAGCAGUACACGGCGACAGCUACGUCGACCACUACAAAUCUGUCCUCACUCCUCCAACAACAACAUCACAACAACUCACAAGUCGGCCAACAACGCAUCCUCAUCAACAACGGGCAGCAACUGACCCUCUCAAACCAGCACCAUCUUCCUCAGUAUCAUCACCACACGUCGACGCCCUCUUCCUCUGCUGCGUCUGAUGGUCUAGACUCUUCUGACCUCUCCGUCCCUGAUCUGUCCUCCCUCCUCGCAUCCUCCGCAGCUCCAGGCACUACUCACCAUCACCACCAUAUCCUCUCCUCUCCCCCCACCCAACAUCAUCACCAUCAGGACACGCACAAUCUUAAUUUAAACCUUAAUCUGAACCUAAAUUCAGGGACUUUGGACUCGUCCUCCAUCAAUCCCCAACCUCCACCCUUUCUCGUCUUUAUUUCUCCGCUCCGCUCCGUCCCCGUCUCAAUCAACGCCACCACGACCACCACGGGCAACCGGCCACAACAACAAACUCCUUCACUUUUACAGCAGCAACUUAACGCUGGCCCACAACCUCUCAGUUUAGAUCACCACUCAGGACUGGUCACAUCUUCAUCCUCUUCCACCGGAAAUGAGCUGGACCAUCAUGUGACUGGGGGAAGUGGUGGUGGUGAAUUGUAUGCUACACUGGAUACUGGUAGUGGGGAUCAGGGUAGCAUCAUCAAGUUGGAACCCGACCUGCAUCGGAAUACGGUUAUGAUUGGGAACACUGCCUAUAGUCUCAAUGUGUCUUCAUCUUCAUCGUUGUCAUCUGGAGCGUCUUCCACGUCUGGGAGCGGUGGUGGUGGUGGUGAUAAACAGGACGUAAUUACACUCUCAAGUUUACUCGGAUCAUCCAACAAACCAUCUCAGCAGCAACCAAUCCAACUAACUUCCACCCCGACGGGACUAAUUCUUCCACAGCCGGGUGGCGGAGGAAUUGUGGUAUCGUCAUCAUCGUCUCUCUUGUCAUCAACACCACGACUCUCGGCACUUUUGGCUGGCACGCCGUCUGCUGACAGUGCGAAUAAUAGUAAUAUUGGGGGGCUAAUGAGUCCUGGGGCGGGGAAUCGGGGCGGUGGGUCGUCGUCUGGAAUCCCAUUGCUCAGCAGUGGAGCCGCCCAUCUCUCUCCGACCAAGGAAUCCAUCAGUUCCGCAUCCUCCCGAACUCUUUUGGACCGUUUAACCGCCUCUCUUUCCAGUCCGAAGCAUAAUUCUACUUCCGGUGUUCCAGUCUCGCCAUCGUCCACCUCCACGUCACCCUCUAUUCGCUCCGGACUCAAUCCAAUCGCUUCUGCCACACCAAACGUGGUUCUCGACCAUCCCGUUCUCGCCGCUACACUCACUGGGCAACAACAACAGCAGGCCUCGCCCAAACUCGUUUCCGCAUAUCGACAAAUAGCUCCAGCUCCACAAGCUGCAAAUUCCUCCUCCAGAGGCAAACUCCCAUAAAAAAGCUAUGAAACACCAUCUAUAAUAUGCAAUUAACCAAAAAAUAACUCUUAAAAGGAGAUCCAGAUUCACUGACUCUAUAUUUUUGGUGAUGGUUUGAUGCAGAUUCAGUGAAUUUGGACCGCCCUUUAAUCACCUACCUUAAUUAUUAAUUAUAGUUUUGAUGCUAUGUCUGGGCUGUGAAUCAAAGGAAUUGAAAAGUGUUCACUGAUAUUUAACUUGACCCGUGUAUUUAUUAUUUGAUACUUGAAUUACUGAUCCUUAUUGUGAUGUGUUAUUAUUUAUUAUACGCCCAGAAAAAAUGUGAUUGACUUAUUAAAUACUAUUACAUAUUCUUCGCCUCAUUGUUGUUACAUAAAUAUUUAAGAAGGACAAGAAGACAAAUUACAUUAUCGCCUUUGUUGUGGUGAGCGAACCAAAAAAAGACAAAAGCUCUGCAGAAUACUAAGACUAUUUAGUCAGUAUUCAAUUAAGUGUUACAAAUGUGUAAAAAAAACUGGGGAAAUCCUGUCAUUAUAUAAUUAUUUAACUAUUUAUUGUUAUUGUUAUGUAUUAAUUAAGUAGAUUGGAAAUGUGAUCCUUAACCAAUAACAACUCAAUAUACGUACGAGGUCGGAUCGUUUGUCGAGUCAAACUUAACGUAGGACUCGAUGACUCAUCGUCAAACUCUGCACAUUUUUAAUCAUUUCUCGGCUCUGGGAAUUUACUUGGAAAUUUUGGGCAAGAAAUUUGUAGGUUCUUACCAUUUUUUAAAGAAUAUACAAUACACUCCAGAGUUUAAGAGUUUUGAAGGAUGAAAUCCCAGGUCAAAUUGUAAAAAGCCUUCAGAAAAAUUGAAAUGAAACUCUCAUAAAAAAUACAGCCCAUUCUAUUAAUCAACUCACUGACCACAAUUUGUCAUCCAGAAUUUUAAAAUAAAUUCCCAGGGCUGAGAAAUGACGAAAAUAUGUUGAUUUUGACGAUUUUGGUGAUCCAAUCCUACGUUAACUGUAUGUAUAUAUACGACUACAAGUGAGUAUUAAGAUAAAUAAUUAUUGUACAAAUGUUCAUGAAGUAGAAAUUGAUUUGAUCUAAAAGUACUGAAACCUUCUAUGCACACUGUUUGUCAACCACUCAUCAUCUCUCUCCGCGAAGACGACGAGGAACGAAUGACCAUAAUAAUAAUUAUCUAAUGCCUUGUCCUCACAUGAAAAAAGUGCUUAAUAAUAAUAUAGUAGGCGACGAAUAAGACGCCGGUGAUGAUGGUGACGCAAAACUAUUUGAACCCUGUAUGCAAUAACCCUCUGAUGCAAUUAGUGAGUAUAAAUAUGUAUUUACGCGAAAUCACGGCGAAUACGAGUUGUUUAGAGUAGCAGGGAUGCGGAUUGAUUGUACAUGUAAAUUUGUGGAAUGCACAUUGUUAGACAGAUCAUCUCAUCAAUCUCCUACAAACGUUAAAUUUUGUUUUAUAAUGUAAAAAUAAAUAGAAUGGAAAUCUA